AUGCUUCAACCACUGAGAAAUGUUGUUAUUAUUGGCGGUUCCUACGUCGGACUCGCUGCCGCCAAGGAGCUAGCAGCUGUGCUGCCAGCAUCUCAUCGUAUCUUACUUGUUGAGCCACACAGCCAUUUUCACCACCUCUUUGCAUUUCCCCGUUUCGCGGUUGUGCCUAAAUAUGAGCACAAGGCCUUCAUCCCCUAUACUGCGACUUUCGCAGGAUCCCCUAACCCUUCUCAGCACCAAGUCAUCCAAGCAAACGCUAAGUCCCUCCGCCGUGACACCGUUAUUCUUGAUCGGGAUUGGCAAGGGUUGAACGAAAUUCCGUUUGAUUACCUUGUUGUCGCCACGGGCACUCGGCUGCCGGCGCCCGGCAAUAUGCAAGAUGACGAGAAAGUGUCUUCAAUUGAGUACUUGAGAUCCUACCAGCAAUCCAUCUUCAAAGCUUCGUCCAUCGCCAUAGUUGGCGGCGGUGCCGUUGGUGUCCAGAUGGCGACUGAUCUGAAAGAACUUUACCCCGAAAAGGAGAUCACCCUUGUCCAUUCUCGUGAGAACCUUAUGCCUCUGUAUCACAAGAAGCUAGAUGAAAUCGUCAAGGCUCGCUUCAACGAACUGGGCGUCAGACUCAUCACUGGAACGCGAGCCGUACUUCCUGCUACCCUCGUUCGCAACGACAAGCAAGUUGUCCUUAAACUUAAAGAUAACCGCGAACUCCUCGUCGACCUGGUCAUUCCUGCAACAGGACAAACACCCAACAACGAAUUUGUUCAAACACUCACCCCGAGUGGCGAUUCUCCUAUAGUCAAUCCAUCCAAUGGGUUUAUCAAAGUCAGGCCAACGCUCCAAUUCGAGGAUUCAGCAUAUUCCAAUUUCUUUGCUGCUGGCGACAUUGCCGAUACUGGAGCACAUAAAGCUGCCCGGCCUGGUGCUGCACAGGCGCAGGUAGCAGCUCGAAACAUUAUCGCUAUGAUUGAGGGCCGAGAGCCGGCCGAAAAGCUUUCCGUCAGCCCUCCGGCAAUUCAUCUUUCAUUGGGGCUGACAAAAAACAUGGUUUUCAGAAACCCAAAUGUUGCAGCUGGAGACACUGAGCCCACUGUAAUCAUGAGAGACGACGGUAAAGAGGAUAUGAACAUUGAUCGUGUUUGGGAGAAUCGGGGAGUCAAGGUAGCAGACCCAAAGGAAUACCAUUUGUAA